GCCAAACUCGCCCACCAUACACACAUACAAGCAUACAAGCACACGCCAUCACAUCACAUCACAUCACAUUAGAUUUACACCAGACCAUGUCGUAUGACAAUGCUCCUAUGAACUCACGGGCCCCCUCAUACCAGUACCAGUACCAGGGCCAGGGCCAGGGACAAAGCCAGAGUCAGAAUCAGCACAUGUUUGCUUCCCGGCCCAAGAUCCGGCACCCGAACCGGCCGCCAUGCCUCACGCCGUCGAAGACAGUGUACAUUCGCAACCUGAACGAAAAGACAAAGCCGGUGGUUCUGGCCGCCGCGCUCAGGGCGCUCUUCGAGACAUACGGGCCCGUCCUGACCCUGCGCAUGCGUGGCCAGGCCUUUAUCGUCUUCAAGGACACCGAGCAUGCUGUCCGUGCCCACUCGGAAGUGCAGGGCUUCAUGCUUUUUGACAAGCCCAUUUUCGCGCCAGCCUUCCGAUGCCACAUUGCCGACCAGGGCGACCCACCGAUCCAGGAGCGAGACGCGCGCGAGCGAGACGCCCAGGCGCGUGUUUUGGCACAGCCUCAGGCGGAGGCCGCAUUGGCGUCUGCGGCUAUCACUGCAAUUUCGGCGCUGCCGCCUGGCGUUGAGAUCCCAAACUCCAUCUUGUUCCUGCAGGGCCUGCCCGCCGACAUUGCUGUCCGCUGGGUCUCUGUCAAGCCCGAUGUAGCUUUUGUCGAGUUCCGUUCUGAGAUCCAAGCUGCAUUUGCAAAGUCAUCCCUCGCCUCGCAGUUGUCCCUGCGCGAAGGCGCCUCGCCCGUAUCCGUCUCCUUCGCCAACCGCUGAGACCUUGAGUGGAUAUUUCGAAUCCACCUCAGAGAUUUUGACCAGAUAUUAUCCAACCACACCAACCAUUUAAGCAGAGUAUGCAUGGAAUAUUUUGUUGGUUGCAUUAUCCAAGCUGUGCUCCUAGCCCGCUAAAAUAAUAUCUUGUGUCGAUCUUUGGAGGCGGUAAUCAUUUGAGUCGCCUUAUUUCAACCUGUAAACUGCAGCAACUUGCCGUCCACUAUUUGUGCUUUUUUCGUUUUUCAGAAUUUGGUGUUGAAAAAACGGUACGCUC